CUCUACCCGCCUGCCGUGUACCCGCUGCCGUCCCUGGGGGGCCAGCACCCCGCUUUCGCGUACACCGCCUUCCCACAGCUGCCGCCGCCCGGCGCCGAUCACCUAAAGGCGGCGGUAACCGGUUCCUUCCCGCUGGAGCAGUGGAUCCGAGCCGGGAUGCUGGCGCCGAGGCUCUCCGACUUCCACGCCACCCCGCAGUCUGCCUUGAUGGGGAAGUGCCGCCGGCCCCGCACCGCCUUCACCAGCCAGCAGCUGCUGGAGCUGGAGAACCAGUUCAAGCUCAACAAGUAUCUGUCCAGGCCCAAGCGCUUUGAGGUGGCCACAUCGCUGAUGCUCACUGAGACACAGGUGAAGAUCUGGUUCCAGAACCGCCGCAUGAAGUGGAAGCGGAGCCGCAAAGCCAAGGAGCAGGGGAUGGCAGUGGAGCCCGAGAAGCCACGGGGGCUUGGCAAAGCUGACGAGAGCCUGCUGCCCAGCCAGCCCCAGGGACAGGCUGGCGACAGCCCCGAGUUUGAGGGGUGCAGCCCCGGAUCGGGCUUCCUGCGCCGCAGCACUGAGUUGGGCUACGGCCCCGACUCCUCCUGUUCAGGGGGAGAGGAAGAUGAGGAAGAAGAGGACGAUGAGAUGGGCACUGCAGAGAGGAAGAUGGGCUCUGUAUUGUGAAGAGGGUCCAGGCUGAGGAGUUGGAGGCCUCUCAGCUGGCAGACACAGACUGUGCCCAUGUACAGCCAUGGGGGCUGAGAGGAGCCUGCCCCCCCUUUAACUUAUGUGUGUUUGGAGUCUAUUUAAUGUGUAAUUAUUCCUGUGUGUAUUCGGGAGUGUCCCCACAUCCCUCCCCUAUAAAGCUGUUAUCCAGAUGCCUCUGCUUUUCCUUAGGGGAUGGAGCACUGCAUCUCCUGCCCCUGUGCUGCCCUGUCAGUGUCUUGCUUGGGAACAGUCCCAGGGCCUUCUUUAGCUGCAAACUGCCCCUUCCUGAUAGUAGGGCAAUGACCCUCCCCCUCCACUCCCCCCCAUUCUGCCCUUCACCUGGGUGGUAGGGAAGGAGGGUGUGCAGCAUGCAUGCCUGUCACUUCUCCACUGUGGUCUGUGCUCUGCUGGGCAGCCUGUGGGCAGGGCAGCACUGGCACCAGCAGCUCUCAGGGCACCCAGCCUUCCUGUGUGGCACCGUACUUGUCCCAUGGUGAUGUCUGAUCCACUUUUAGCCCCAUUCUAUGAUUCCCUGAGGAUUGUGCUUGUUCUGUCUAGGCUUGGAUCAGCUCAUGGUAAUGGGAUGACAACAGCCACCCUCUACUGCCUCCCUAGGAGCCAUGGGUUAAGCCAUGACACAUAAGCAAGCAGGGCUCCCCUUAUCCUUGGGAUGCUGAAGGGUUCUGGCAGACCGUAUAUAUAGGAGUGUGUGUAUAUACAUGUAUAUAUGUAAUCCUUCCCCUGUAUACCUAUCAGUGCUUCCUUUCGAGAUGUUGUGAUGGCAACACAGGCGGAGAACCAGGGGCUGGGGACAGAGGGAAGGGUAAGAGAAGUGCAGGAAUGGACAGCUAUGCUGUGUGGGGGCACAGUGACCCUCAGUGGCUGUUGGCAGCUCAGCAGCUCUCCCUGGGUGCCAGGCAUCCUGGGCGCCCUGUCCAAAGGUGGGGGGUAGAGAGGGAAAGGAGAGAAGGGAGAACAGGGAGCACCAGGAAGGAGGAGGGGAGCUGGCAGGAUGUCACAAGCUUAAAACGUUCACCUUGAUGGGCUGUGACAGCUUUAAUUUCCAGAGUACAACCAUUAAAGUGAUGGAUGGGAGGCGUCUGUCCCGCGCCUGCCACAUGCAGGGACUCAGUGGCUGCAGGAGGGUUUGUUUUGCUGCUGUUAUUUAUGAGAUUGUUUUUGCAGAAGCCAGGCACUCAUCCAGUGCUGGGGGACAGAGG